UGUUUGAAAGUGCUUUACUGGUAAAUGUGGCUUGGCUGUAAACGGUGGGCUGUGUCAUUUGUGGUUAAAAUCUAAAAAUGUCCACCAAUGCACACACACACAAGGCGAGCAUAGCAUUGUAGGUCAGCUUCCUGUCACAUGCUUCUCAGUUCACCUUCAACAGCAGCAGCAGGAUGUUACAAACCAUCAGCAGGCAGAAACAUGAUUCGGAGGGUUUGGGUCAGUUUGGUUCUGGUGAACCUCCUGUGGAUCCUCUUCUUUUCAACACCAGAUUCUUUUUUGGUGUUUGUCGAGAAAAGAAGCAGCAGCUCUGAGAAGGCGGAGUUUUGUAUGACACAUAAAUUCGAUUUUAACUGGACACCAACAGAAAGGGAAGUCAUCACCACCGGCACGACUCUGCAAGCAAGUGGGAAGAGUGAAGACUUUAACUCCAUGGACAAGUGUCUCACAAGUGCUGCACCUCAAAUGAAAAUCAACAUCAACCCAGAAGUAAAACCAAAUGUCAACAUCAACCCAGAAGUAAAACCAAAGGUCAACAUCAACCCACCUGAGCAGCGGGAUGUGAACCUCAACCAAAGACGUUUUAACAGUCCAAAUGUUGCUCUUCACUGCUGCUUUACGUUUUCUAUAAGAAUGGUGGCAAAAGAACAGAUCCGUUCAUACUACAUCACCGGUCGCCACUGCUCAAAGUCUGCAGUCUUGUUCGUCAUGAUGUCAGGAAGUUACAUCUGUGUGAAUCCAAAGCUCUUCUGGGUCCAGAAGAUCAUGAAGGAUCUAGACAAAAAAAGAUUUUAAAGGCACCAAGAGCCCAAUUUUGUUUUUUUUGAUUUUUUGCUUACAGUGGAGAUAGAUUAUGAUUAUUUUAUGCUUUGAUAAUUUUGUCUGUUUGUGCAUGUCAAAAAAACAACUGACAGCCUCUAACUUUUAUUGUGGUUUCUCUUUUUGGAAAGACACAAAACAUCAACACAAAGUCAAAAACAGAAGAAGAAGAAAAGCCAGAUUAAAUCAGAAUUACAAACCACCUUGUAUGGCAUUCAGAAUGUUGUUUGCUCAACCCUAAAAAAAACCAUGAGUUGUAACUUGGUCAAUGUAUAAUGGAAUAAUAUAUAAUCACAAUAUAUACUAUAAUCUAAAAAAUCUGUAAACUUUCUUUCUAAUUGUUUUGCCGUUUCAAUUUCUCCUGUUGUUCCAAACAGCCUUUGCUCCAAUUCAGCAAAUCUAACAGUGACAGGAAUCUGGGUUUCAUAAAAAUGAACGUUGAUCUGUUUAAAAAUGUUCAUAGAAACAGGAAGAUUACAGGAAAAAAAUGAACAUUUAACAUCAGAAGAACACAGAUUGACAUAAGCGUGUGACUGUUGAGUCUUUUGAGUUUUGAAUCUCUGUCACAAACUGAGACGAGCUCAAUCAGAACUAGUCAACAUUCGCAGAAUAAAAAAAAAAAA